UUUUGGUGAAUUUUGUUUUCCGGUCACAAUAAUAUUAUUUUUUUAUUUAUUUAUUAUAAACAAAAUAUAGUUUAUUCAUUAAAAUACAAGUACAAAUAAUUAUGCAAGCAUGAAUCUUGAACUACUUGAAUCGUUUGGACAAAAUUAUCCCGAAGAAUUUGAUGGUUCGCUGGAUUGUAUAUCCUUGGCUGUAACUUGUUGUUUCAAUAAAUACGGAACUCUAUUAGCUGUCGGUUGUAAUGAUGGUCGUAUUGUUGUAUGGGAUUUUCUUACCCGAGGUAUAGCAAAAAUUAUCUCGGCUCAUGUUCAUCCUGUUUGUAGUUUAAGUUGGACAAGAAGUGGACAAAAGCUUUUAUCGGCCUCUACCGACAACAACGUAUGCAUUUGGGAUGUCUUAACUGGAGAAUGUGAACAAAAAUAUCGAUUUCCUUCGCCAAUUCUCAAAGUUCAAUUCGAUCCCAGAAAUGAUAAUCGAUUUCUAGUCUGUCCGAUGAGAUAUGCUGCUGUUUUGGUUAAAAUCAAUGAUACGCAUAUGUGCCUGCCAGUUGAUCAAGAUGGAGAUUUAAAUAUUGUAGCUUCGUUUGAUCGAAGAGGAAAAUACAUUUACACUGGCAAUGCCAAGGGCAAGAUCAUUGUCUUAGAUGUUGACACACUGGAUAUUGUGGCUAGUUUCCGGAUCAUUGUAGGAACUUCAAGUGCAACAGCUGUGAAAAGUAUUGAGUUUGCCAGGCGGGGAGAUGCUUUUCUUAUCAACACAUCCGAUCGUGUUAUAAGAGUUUACGACUCUCGGGAGAUAAUCAAUCAAGGAAGGGAUGGAGAACCCGAACCAAUUCAAAAACUUCAAGAUUUAGUCAACAAAACCACCUGGAAAAAAUGCUGUUUCUCUGGCGAUGGAGAAUAUAUCUGCGCCGGCAGUGCACGUCAGCAUGCUUUGUACAUUUGGGAGAAAUCAAUUGGUAAUUUGGUGAAAAUUCUUCACGGCACCAAAGGUGAACUCCUGCUAGAUGUUGUUUGGCAUCCAGUGCGACCAAUAAUCGCAAGUAUCAGUUCGGGUUUAGUAUCGAUAUGGGCACAAAAUCAAGUUGAAAAUUGGUCAGCCUUUGCACCAGAUUUUAAAGAACUCGAUGAAAAUGUUGAAUACGAAGAAAGAGAAUCCGAAUUCGACAUCACCGACGAAGAUAAAUCAGUUGAUCUGAGUGCAGAAGCAAAACAGGAUGAAGAAACCGAAGUUGAUGUUUGUAGGGUGGAGCCAGUUGCUGCAUUUUGUAGUUCUGAUGAAGAGUUCGAUGAUGAGAAUGUUUUGCAAUUUCUACCAAUGGCUCCGGAAGUUGAAGAUCCCGAAGAUGGUUGGGCAGCACAAGAAAGUUGUGAUCCAAAUAUUUCGAGAGAAAGUGAACCGAUGGAUGUUGAUGAUGAUGUGCCGACAAAGAGACGCAAAAUGAGUACCUAUGAUAUAAGUUUACCAGAUGCUCCAGUUGAUGAAACUCAUCCUUUAAUUGCGAGUAAAACCAACAAAGAUAAACAAUCGGCUGGUGGAAAAAAAAGUGCAGGCAGACCCAAAAAGUAAAAAAAAGUUUUCUUUUUUUGUCUUUUUGUAAAAUAUAAAGAUUUUAUAUCACAACAA